CGCGCGCGAGAUCCAGCUAAAUGCAUUGCAAUCGCAGCUGUGUGUGUGCUUCAUAAUAAACUACAUGUGCAUGGUAUUUUGGCUGAGGCAGUCUGUUUCCACUAUUUGAUUGCGAACUAAAAGCCACUUUUUUGCCCGAAAUCGUGGAAAAUAAGCUCGGAAUUUGAAAUGGAGGAGGAUCUGGACGAAGGGGAUAUAUCCAAAGUUCGUAUUCUGGAGAGUUUAAGGAUAAAUAUCGGUGAAGCUAAAAACCUGACGUCUGCCAAAGAUUGUAGCUGCACGGUGCGACUUGAUCAGGAAGAAGUCUACCGCACUGGGGUGAAGGAAAAGACGCAAUGUCCCUUUUGGGCCGAGGAAACCACCUUUGACGUUCCCCGUGAGUUCCGUCAGCUCUCUUUCUUCAUCCAUGAGAAGGACUGGAUGAAGCGGUCGGACAGCGUUGUCGGUAAAGUAGCGCUGAGGAGAGACGAUCUACACAGAUACCAUGGAAAGGAUCAAUGGUUCCCUCUCCAGGCCGUCGACACAGACUCCGAAGUUUAUGGGCAAGUUCAGGUCGAGGUGAGGACGAACGAGGUAUUGGGAGGCGACGGAGCGUCACUCAACAAACUAACCGUAAGAGUUCUGGAAGGGAACGGACUGACUAUAAUCCACAACCAGUGCGAUCCGUAUGCAACAGUCACUUUUAGAAAUGAAACCAAAAGGACGAAAGUCCGAAGGAAAACGGUGGAUCCUCGCUUCGAUGAAUCCUUUCAAUUUGAGCUUCCCAAGACCAGCAGUGCAGCAGACACCAAGACCAACUACAGCUUCGAAGAUGAGGCCAAUAAACACGACCUAAAAAUUGCCAUGUGGAAUUCAGCGUCGCUAGGCGAGGGCGUCUUUAUCGGCGAGGUGCGGUUGACGCUAGCGGCAAUCAAUCUCUCAAGCGGGGUUCAUAAAGCGUGGUACUUUCUAAAGCCUCGGGAGAACAGCAAACAGAGCCGCGUGGAGCUCGGUUCACUAAGAGUCCGCAUCAAUUAUCAACAAGAUCACGUCUUGCCGUCACAGUACUAUGGAACGCUCAGGGACAUUCUGCUAAGAUCUCCAGAGAUCGAGCCCACCUCCGCCAGCGCCGUCGAAAUCCUGGGGGACCUCGUUAAAGACAAAGUGGACGCAGCUCGGCCCCUGAUGAGACUAUUCUACUAUCACAACGCGGUCGUCCCGCUGAUCAAGUCGCUAGCUCAUCAUGAGGUCUCAGACACAAGCGAUCCCAACACCAUCUUCCGGGGCAAUUCCUUGGCCUCCAAGUGCAUUGAUGAGUUCAUGAGGAUGGAGGGACUACACUACCUCUACGACACCUUACGGGAUCUGCUGGAGAACAUCUACGAUGAGCGCAAGCCUUGUGAGAUUGAUCCUUCCAAGCUGAAAGACGGCGACAGUUUGGAAACAAACUUGGCUAAUCUUCGUCAGUAUGUGGAGAAAGCCUACCAGGCCAUUGUCGACUCCGCCAUGGGUUGCCCCACUGCCCUCUGUGAGUGCUUCUACGCCAUCAAAGAAGCAGCCCAGAAAAGAUUCCCAGAGGACCCUGAUGUCAAAUACUCGGCCGUCAGUGGCUUUGUGUUUCUAAGAUUCUUCGCUCCUGCCAUUCUCUCGCCAACGCUCUUCCACCUCAGAACAGAUAAUCCGGAUGAACAAACGUCGAGAACGCUCAAGAUGGUUUCCAAGGCGAUUCAGACGAUUGGUAACCAUGUCAACCCUGACAAACUGAGUAAUGUGAACUGGAAGGAGGAGUACAUGAGUCCACUGUAUCUGCACAUUCUGAAUGAGGCUCACAUGGACGGAAUCAAAAAGUUCCUUGAGGUGAUAUCAUCGACCAGUCAGGCCCAAGUCAAGGCGAUCGAGGCACCGAUCACAUUAAAGGAAGGGGUUAUGAUCAAGCGAGCUCAGGGCAGGAAGAAGUUCCUGGGAUUCGGUCUGAAGAACUUCAAAAGGAGGUGGUUCCAGCUCACCAACCAUGAGUUGACUUACAGUAAAACGAAAGAAAGCAAGCCGUUGUGUGUAAUCUCCGUCAACAACAUUCUUGCUGUGGAGAGACUUGAAGAGGAUUCGUUCCAGAUGCAAUUUAUGUUCCAGGUCGUUCAACCAGAGAGGGCGCUAUACAUUCAGGCCAACAACUGCGUAGAGGAGAAAGAAUGGUUGGAUAUUCUGUUCAACAUCUGCAAGACAAACAAGAACCGUUUGCAUUACUACCACCCGGCUGCCUUCAAGAACGGACAUUGGAUCUGUUGCAAGGCUACAGCAGAAACUGCACAGGGAUGUACACAAGUCACUGGUGGUCUGCCGUUAAGCAUUUGCCUAGACAUCGACCCAGACAGAGAGUUGGAACGGAUACACUGUCUCUUCAUGGCCCACCUACAGAAACUCCAUUCACUACAAGACGCCUGUGCAACUCAAGCUGUCUAUCAGGGCCUACCUCUACCCACUCAAACCCCCGUCAGCAUAGAAGACCCUAAGACAUGCUUUGCAACAGUCAGCUCCAUGCUCUCCGAGAUCUUGGCGCUGGAGCAAAAGCACAACCAGUUUAAGAAGAUCCGGCAACGACUCACAGAGUACGGCAGCAAGCAAAGUCCAAUUGGUGACCACAACUGCAACUCAUUCCACUGACCCGACCUCUGGGGAAAGAAUGGCAAGACAUGACAGGCUGUUUCUCCCACCGCGCCUCCUCCCCCUACCCACCAACCUGCAAGGCACAAACUGCUUCAAGCGGCCAAUCUGAACAGCCGUGAAAUUUCAAGAUCCAGGAACUUCUGCAUCCGUCAGUAAAAUGCUUCUCCAGUGCAUAAAUAUACAUGAAUGCAGUUUGCUGGCAAAAAAAAUGGGCGUUGCGUUUGAGAAAGACAGAGAAUUAUCUAUUCCAUUUUUGCAGAAUUUGAGUUUCGUCAAAUCAGAAAGGUAAAGGAUUAUCCGCAGAAUGUCUUGAGAGAAUGCAACCAACAUGUGUGUUGGCUGUCAAGAAGAAUAAGAACGGAGUAGAUACAGUUUCUCGCUGAAGUGCAAAUGGAGUUGACAUUCCACUCAUUGGAGAUUUUUGUACAGAGGAAUCUUAUCGAGCACAAAACCAAAGAUACUGAAAAGUACUGUGUAUGUAAAAUGUACUAAUAAGAAGCACUUGUGUAGUGUGUGUACAAACGUUUUGGUCGUCUGUUUUGCUUUGGUUUUAAUGCGAUUGGUUAUUGGUUGAUUUUACUAAACAUUUAAAAGAUGAAACAUUUUUGCCUUUUUUUAUUUCUCAAAACUUGCAAUUUCAUUCGCUAAACCCUAGUUAGGUUCCGAGUAUCACUAAACCCAGGUAGACUUAACCCUAAAAGGUUAGCAGCACCGUGAAAUUGGGCCCUGGUAAGUCAAGUCUGGGUUGACCUCAGGGUGAUCCCAGGUUGACCUCAGAAUACAAUCCAUUGUAAUUGUAGUCAGUAGUCAUCAGUUUGUUUAUGUGCCGUCAAAAAGAGUAAAAUGACACAAAUGCUAAAUAUGUCUUUUUAUUCUCAAAAUAAAGGUGCGAUUAAAAAAAAUGAAAGGUGUGAUUAAAUAAAUGAAUAGAUAUGAACUUUAUCUCAUUUUCCCCCUGAAUUUUGCGCCAAAAUUGCCUGGUGUGGCUUCUUAUCCAAAGUUUACUCACAUGGAAUCAGUGAUCAAAAUUUUGUAACAUUGUAUUUUUUGUACAUUUUUUGGUACAUUGUUUCACAUAAUUAAUGUAUUCAUAUUUUGGGCUAUUUUUGGAAAAAACAUUGUUGCAUCCUGUACUGGUUUUCAAAGCAUGCUCAACUUGAUCUGAAUUUCCACAAAUGAAAGUUUUUUGCUGUCCGCAAAAUGAUGUGCCUUUUUGUAAGAGAUGCUUUAGUGAAUUCAUAAAAAAAAUUGGAAUACCUUUUAAUAACGAAUUUGCUAACAGUAUCUGUCCCUAUAAACAAGCCAAAAAAAAAAUAAAAUUGAAACUCCUUGCUAAUUUGUCCAUAUGAAUUUCCACACAACACGGAAAUUAGAAACAAAAAUUCAAAUAUCAAAAUUUCAAAUUUUAAAUACAUUCACCGAAAUCAUUUGAUGUACCCAUUUCGCUGAAUACUAACGCAUUAUCUCAGGUUGCAGUUUAAUCUGAAAAUUUUGAGAUUUUUUUUUACUGUUUAAUAACUAGCAAUCAAAGUAAUACUUUACUGGGUUAUUAUGUUUAAAUUCAAAAUUUCAAAAUUUACUUUGAACUUUUCAUUUUGAUAUUUUUCCCUACUCAAGCAAAGGAAAAUUCCAGACGUCUUGAAUUUAAAUUUGUUAGUGCUGAACUUGUUUUUAUUUACGUGCCUUGUUAAAACAUUGUAAAUAAUUUACAAAACUGAAAAAAAGUAAAAUAUGUAUACAGUUUACUUUUCGUCCAUACUUUAUUUUAGCAAAUUUCAGUUUAGAAAUAAAAAUAUGUUGCCUUUUUUCCUUUGAAUAGAUGUUGUAUUUUAAUUGAUUUUUACUUUAUGUUGACAAUUUCCUGCCAUUUUUUUCCAUUCUAUGAUAUGGUUUUGGACUUAGCCAACAUUUCCUUACAGUACUUUAUUUAUUUACCUGCCUAACGAUGGACAUAUGUUAUCUUUAAAAAAAAACCUGCUCAAUUCGUCUUUUGCAUAAAUUGAUAAAAGUGAAACUAAAACCUAGAUUCAUGUGUCCUGUUACUUUAAAAUCCACAUUUCUUUCGUUUUCAAUUGGAGUGGUUUAUGUCAUCUCCGACUGUUUAAAUAAAAAUGUACAUGGCCCUGCUGAAAAAAUACCUCAGAAAUACUGGCCUCCUUUUUUCACCUCAUUUGCAUGUUUUCAAUAUUCAUAACAUGGUAAUAUACUGAUUGCUUAUGGGUAACUGUUUGUUUUAACAUUAUGUUAACCUAAAGUUAAUGUAUAAGGUUCGAACGCACAUUUUAACAAGAGCUGUUAUCCCGGUAGGACGAGCUCAGGAUUCGAGCCGGAAUGUCCCUGGUCCAGAUCCUGGGUCCGUCCCGAGGAACUUUUAGACUUUAUAAAAAAAUGUGUACUAACUUUUUUGACAAAAUUGUGCAUGGUUGGGGGUAGAACCUGGAACCUUUGGACAGGUAGUCCUGUGCUCUAACCCCUACACUACUGGGUUUUCGUGCUAAAAGUAAGGAUUCUGAUAAUUAAAACCAUUAGGUUGUUCUGACUUAGUCUCCAGAGAGAGUUGGAAGCUGAGGGGUGGUGGCUUUGGGUCUUGGUAUGAAAUUGGGACUUGGGCUCUGGUUGGUCAGCACGCUGGUUGAAUUUAUUAGCGGGAUGCUUGAUACUUAUACUUUAUACUUAAACAACUUCUCAAUCAUUUUCUAAGGGAUAUAUUAUCUUGGACUUAGCUCCGCUGGGAAUUGAGCGUGUUAAGUUUUCAAGGCAUUUCUUCAAAGUGCUUUGAAGACUAGGCCUAUUAUUUGCUUUUUCCGCAAGAUUGGGUUUUAAAAGAAAUAGUGUAACAAUGUUUAACUUGUCAUUCCAUGGUUUUGUAAUUUAUUUCUGCAUUCCCCCCCCCCCUCCCCCACAAAACUGCUGUAAAAGGAAACAGUUUACAAACAUUAAACAGUCCUUUACAAUGUACCUAACAAUUUAUGUUUACACUUAAGAUUUUACCGUAAUAGAGCAAAUAAACUAUAUUAUUUAACUGGCAAUCAAUUUAUAAUAAUAAUAAUUUUUCCAAGGAAUUAUUGAGGCAGUAAUUUUAAGCCUUGUGGUAAAAACUGCUGGCUUUCGUGUGAUUUCAUAAACAUUCCAUAGGCCGUUUUUUGUGUGUUUUUAAGAAAGAAACUACCAUUUUUGAUAUACAGUGUACAGCCAAAUUUUGUUUUUAGAAUGUGUCACUGUAUGCUGACCAAUUCAGGAAUUGUUUUGCAAAAGAAAACAUCAUUAUGGUUCAUGAAGUCGUAUUUUUUUUUUUACAGUUAACAUAAUCUGCCCUUUUCAGUGAAAUUGAAGUUUUGAGAAAUUGAAAAUUAGAGAACUUGAGUUGUGCAUGAAACAAUUCUCAACACGGCACAGUUUCUACUUCAAUUACAUUGACAAUGCAAACCAUAAAUAACAGCAAAGUUAAUGAAAUAAAGCAAAAUCUGUUGUACAAUUUCUUUUGUGACAAG